AUGUUGAAAUUCAUCUUAUUAGGUGUCAUGUGCACAUUAAGUGUAGCUUUAUUUGAGAAUUCUUAUCUCAUUAAGCAUGCCAAUAACUUACAGGAUUUCAAAGACAUUUUAGGAUCUGAAUUUGUUUCAUUUGUGUAUUUUUAUUCGGAAAAUUGUGAAAAUUGCCAAAGAGCUGCUUCACUCAUAGAAAAAGUAGCUGAAGAGUAAGAAGGCAUAAUAAAUGUAUAUGGAACUAAUUGUGAUGAAAUCAAUAAGGAUCCAAAAUCUUGGCCAAUUAAAUACCAUAUUGCAGUUCUGAUGUGA